AUGUACUCUCAACGUCUAAGGAGUAAUGUGGAUCAUGUCGGCUUAGUUUUCUCCGAAGAAGAAUUAGAUGAUUUGGGACAAAAAUAUACUGAUGAUUUGGAGUAUGAGGAUGACCCAGCAGAUGGUUUAUAA